AUGGGUAAUGACAUUCCCUUUGGAGGCAAGGUCUUACUACUAGGAGGUGAUUUUAGACAAACCCUUCCUAUAAUACCUCAUGCAGAUGGACCAGCUAUUGUUCAAGGUAGCAUAAAGUUUAGCCAUUUAUGGGAAAAAAUUAAAACCUUAAAAUUGAGCAACAAUGUUAGAUCUGCUGACCCGGCUUAUAGUGAAUGGUUAAUUAAACUUGGCAAUGGUGAAUUAACUAAUGAUGAUGGUUUGGAUGAAAAUAUGAUCUGCAUCCCAGAAGAUAUGCUAUCAUCGGAUAAUAUUGUAUGGGAUUUAUUCGGUGAUUCUUUGAAUGCCACAAGUGUUGAAGCAUUUAUAAAAACGGCAAUUUUAUGUCCAACGAAUAAUGACGUAGACAAAAUAAACGAUCAGAUUUUGAAAAUUUUGGAAGGAGAAUCCAAAACAUACUUGAGUUGCGACUCAUUGAUGUCUGAACAAGCUGAAGAUCACAAUGAUUAUAAUAUGGAAUUUUUAAACAGCUUAAGCCCUUCCGGGUUGCCACCACAUGAAUUAAGUUUAAAAAAAGGUGCAAUUGUGAUGUUAUUAAGGAACCUGAAUACCAAGAGGGGACUUUGCAAUGGGACAAGAUUGAUCAUCACCGAUUUACUGGCUAACGUAGUGAUGGCAACAGUCUUAUCUGGAUCUGCAGAAGGCGAGAAGGUAUUUAUUCCUCGGAUAGAUUUAGACACAGACUCUGAUCUUCCGUUUAAACUUAAACGAAGACAGUUUCCAAUUAAACUUGCAUUUGCAAUGACAAUCAAUAAAUCCCAGGGUCAAACGCUUGAUAAAGUUGGAAUAUAUUUACAAACACCUAUAUUCGGUCAUGGAAUACGUGGCAUUUUCGAGAGUUAG